CACUUCUUUUUUUCCUCAUUACAGCGCCCCAUGCUCACGAAAAGCAAAUGUCCAACAGCAGCUCCAUCACCCAGUUCCUCCUCCUGCCGUUCACAGACACACGGGAGCUGCAGCUCUUGCACUUCUGGCUCUUCCUGGGCAUCUACCUGGCUGCCCUCCUGGGCAACGGCCUCAUCAUCACCACCAUAGCCUGGGACCAGCACCUCCACACCCCCAUGUACUUCUUCCUGCUCAACCUCGCCCUCCUCGACCUGGGCUGCAUCUCCACCAUUGUCCCCAAAUCCAUGGCCAAUUCCCUCUGGAACACCAGGGCCAUCUCCUACACAGGAUGUGCUGCCCAAGUGUUUCUGUUUCUCUUUUUAGCUUCAGCAGAAUAUUGGCUCCUCACUAUCAUGUCGUACGACCGCUACGUUGCCAUCUGCAAACCCCUGCACUACGGGACCCUCCUGGGCAGCAGAGCUUGUGUCCACAUGGCAGCAGCUGCCUGGGCCACUGGGUUUCUCUAUUCUCUGCUGCACACGGCCAAUACAUUUUCACUGCCCCUGUGCAAGGGCAAUGCCCUGGGCCAGUUCUUCUGUGAAAUCCCCCAGAUCCUCAAGCUCUCUUGCUCACACUCCUACCUCAGGGAACUUGGGCUUCUUGUGGUCAGUGCCUGUUUAGGUUUUACGUGUUUUGUGUUCAUUGUGGUGUCCUAUGUGCAGAUCUUCAGGGCCGUGCUGAGGAUCCCCUCUGAGCAGGGACGGCACAAAGCCUUUUCCACCUGCCUCCCUCACCUGGCCGUGGUCUCCCUGUUCCUCAGCACUCUCAUGUUUGCCUACCUGAAGCCCCCCUCCAUCUCCUCCCCAUCCCUGGACCUGGUGGUGUCAGUUCUGUACUUAGUGGUGCCUCCAGCAGUGAACCCCCUCAUCUACAGCAUGAGGAACCAGGAGCUCAAGGAUGCCUUGAGGAAACUACUUCGAUACUCACUACUUCGGGUUUACAAGAAAGACAUCGAUUUUGUUGAACCUGCAGUGGAACUGGAGCACAGGAUUGAUUUCGAGCUCAAGGAAGGUCUCGUGGAGAGCAGAUACUGGUCUGCAGUCACAUCGCACACUGCCUGCUGGUCAUCUAUGGAUAUCACUCUUGUCCUUCUAACCUUUGUGUGA